GGAUGGUCUUUAAUGGAAUUGGUCUCUCCAGCAACAUUCCUUUAUAGUUUCUUAGCACCAUCCCCAUUUAUCGAUCAUAAUGAUGAUGAAACUUCUGAAACUUCUAUUAAUUUAUCAUCUUAUACUACAAGUCAAAAAAUUCUUGUAUCAUUAUUUUUAAUUCAUUAUAUUAAUCGUUCAAUAAUUUAUACUUAUAGAGCACCAAAUAUUGCUCCGAUAAAUUUAAUGGUAUUUUCAAGUGCGAUAUUAUUUAAUUUAAUUAAUGGUUAUAGUAUUGGUAGAUGGAUUUCAGUAUUUGGAAAUUAUCCUGAAGAAAAAUAUAAAGAAUUAUCAUUUAUUUUAGGUGUUAUAAUUUUUUUUAUUGGAAUGUGGAUAAAUAUUGAUCAUGAUAAUAUUUUAUUUGAAUUAAGAAGAAAAAAUCAAUCAAAAAUUUCAUUAGAAAAAAAAUUCGAUAUUAAGAAUGAUGAUGAAAAAAAUCAAUCUGAUGAUAAUAGUAAUAAUUCUAUGAAUGAUAUUAGGAAAAAAUAUUUUAUUCCAAAUGAAAAGUUAUUUUAUUAUGUAAGUUGUCCAAGUUAUCUUGGUGAAACUAUCGAAUGGAUUGGAUUUGCUAUCGCUUGUUGGUAUAGUUUACCUGCUUUAUUAUUCGCUUUAGCAACACCUGCGAAUUUAUUUCCUAGAGCAAGACAAACCUUAAAAUGGUAUAGAGAAAACUUUAAAGAAUAUCCUAAAGAAAGAAAAGCUAUUAUUCCUUUUAUUUGGUAAAUAUAAAAAAAGUCUUACUCUUAAAGUAAUAGGUUUUUUUUUUGAAACAAGUUAAGGAAGAUCAAUGUACAUCCGCUAAAUAAGUAAAUUACAAAUGUUAUAUUAUUAUUCACGAAUAAAUUCUAUUUUUU